AUGGAGCAAAUUCUACUGAACCUAAGCCAGAAAUACCUCCUCAGCCUUCUUUCUAGUUUAGAACAAAACUCUCAGGCAGUACUUUAUAACAGCUGCCACCAACAGCAUUCAGAAACCUCAUUUGCAUCACCAGAACCUACUAGAACUUGGCUGAAUGAAAAAAAGAAAAGAAAAUCAUCUCCUCCUUCGUUGGGUGAGGAGAUUCCGAGAUGUCAGUGUUUUCCUCCGGAUCAGAGUCCCCCAGAACCGGGGACUUAUUAUACGCAUUUAGGCUGUGCUAGUAACCUUAGAACACUAAGACAUAACCUGGAAUGUCAGACGGGGUUGAGUGGACCAGCUAUUAGGAUUGAGAAGGUGAGGUACACUGGGAAGGAGGGCAAAACGGCUCAAGGGUGUCCAAUUGCCAAAUGGGUCCAUCGCAGAGUAAGUUUAGAAGAAAAAUAUCUAGUCAUAGUUAAGCACCGAAAUGGCCACUCCUGUCAAUCAGCUUUCAUCAUCAUCUGCAUGGUAGUGUGGGACGGCAUCACUCAAGACCACGCCUCUGAUCUCUACUCCCUCCUAACAGACAAACUCAACAAGUUUGGAGUUCCAACUAAAAGAAGAUGCGCAACGAAUGAUCCACGAACCUGCGCAUGCCAGGGAAUCAACGAAGACACGUGUGGAGCUAGCUUUUCUUUUGGAUGCUCUUGGAGCAUGUACUAUAAUGGAUGCAAGUUCACCAGAUCCAAAGAAGUUAGGAAAUUCAGGCUGAGUGUCAAAGAAGAAGAACGUCUUGUUGAAGAUAGACUUCAGAAUCUGGUGGAUCAUAUUAAUCCACUGUACAAGACCCUGGCACCAAGAUCUUUCAGAAACCAGAUCGGUUUUGAAGAAGUUGCCUCAGACUGUAGGCUGGGUACUAAACCAGAAAGACCGUUUUCCGGGGUGACAGCUUGCGUGGAUUUCUGUGCUCACGCUCACAAAGAUAUCCAUAACAUGAACAACGGAUGUACUGUGGUGGUGAGUUUGACCAAGCACAGGGGUUUGA